AAAUCUAAAGGCUUUUUAAUUAAAAAAGUUUGUAUAUAUAAGAAAAAUCAUGUAUUUUUUUCUUUCUUUUUAGCUAUUUGAAAUUAUAAUUAAGUUAAAGCCAUAGCUUGAUUUUGUUUUCUGAUGAAUAAAGCCAUAGCUUGAUAUUAGAUAGAAGCAUUCACAUGACGAGCCAUUAAUUCAUAGUGAUAAAUCUUUUUAUAUUUCCCCAAUCGCGGAUGACCUUAUCCAUAUCUCUCUCUCUCUUUUCUUUUUUUUUUUGGAAAAAUCUCAAACUCAUCAAUCUCUCUGCUGGUUUUACGAUUACUGUUGCCAAAAAAAGAAGGGUCUCUCGAGACAAGUGUUAGGAUUACAAACACAACACCAGCUUCCUCCUCUCGACACGACCCUCCGUCAUGUCUGCGCCAGCUAUAUCUUCUCCUCGCCACGUUUCAUCACUCUCUUCUAGUAUAUAUACACACCUAACCAUUACCUCAUGUCUUUGCCUUAUCACUCACCAAAAGUCGUCACAUAAUAUCACUUUCGAGUUAUCAACAUCCGUACAUGUCAUCCAUAGAGCCAAAAGUAAUGAUGGUUGGUGCUAAUAAGAAACAACGAACCGUCCAAGCUAGUUCGAGGAAAGGUUGUAUGAGAGGAAAAGGUGGACCCGAUAACGCGUCUUGCACUUACAAAGGUGUUAGACAACGCACUUGGGGCAAAUGGGUCGCUGAGAUCCGCGAGCCUAACCGAGGAGCUCGUCUUUGGCUCGGUACCUUCGACACCUCCCGUGAAGCUGCCUUGGCUUAUGACUCCGCAGCUCGUAAGCUCUAUGGGCCUGAGGCUCAUCUCAACCUCCCUGAGUCCUUAAGAAGUUACCCUAAAACGGCGUCGUCUCCGGCGUCCCAGACUACACCAAGCAGCAACACCGGUGGAAAAAGCAGCAGCGACUCUGAGUCGCCGUGUUCAUCCAACGAGAUGUCAUCAUGUGGAAGAGUGACAGAGGAGAUAUCAUGGGAGCAUAUAAACGUGGAUUUGCCGGUAAUGGAUGAUUCUUCAAUAUGGGAAGAAGCUACAAUGUCGUUAGGAUUUCCAUGGGUUCAUGAAGGAGAUAAUGAUAUUUCUCGGUUUGAUACUUGUAUUUCCGGUGGCUAUUCUAAUUGGGAUUCCUUUCAUUCCCCACUUUGAGGUGUCACUAGACUCUCUUUAAUUGUUAAGUUAUCAUAUACAAACUACAUAUAUAUACAAAUAUAGUCACCGUGAACUAGGAUAUAUAUGUAAAUAAACACCAGUUACAUGUACUUAUAUAUGUGCACAUCUAUAUAUGUGGUUUGUCUGUAUAGUGUGAAAGCAGAUUCUUACCAUAUCAAAAAAAACAUAAAAACGACAGUUGUUUGUCUCGAAGCUAAAAAUGUGUCAUGGGGAAAACUAUUAAAUCAAGUGCAAUGUAUCUGUAUAAAGAAAACGGGAUGUUACGUUGUGUGUAACGGUCAAUGUGUAACUAUUAUAUGUC